CGAAGAAAAGAGGGUAGAAGUGUAGAAGCCUCUUCCCCUCUCCUCCGCCGCCGUCAUCACCGGCGCAGCGAGCCCUACCCCUCUUCUCUCCUAAUCCCGCCGCCUCAUGGACCGGCAAGCCCAAGACUACGCGGCCGCGGCCAUGGCGUACGCGCAGGCGCAGCAGCACGCCCCGCCGCCGCCGCAGUACGGCUUCCACCCUCAGGCGCAGCCGCAGUACCCGCACCACCAGCCCUACGCCGCUCCAAUCCCGCCGCAGUACUCGCCCUACCCGCGCGCCAUGCCGCCCCAGCAGCACUACCCGCACCUCCCGCCGCACCAGCAGCCUUCCCCCUACGCGCCGCCCCACGUCUUGUCAACGCCCUCCCCGCCGCCGCCUCACCCCUACAUGCACCCGCCGUUCGACUCCGGGCCGCCGCCGCCCGCCCCGCCGCCGGCCGACCCGGAGCUCCAGAAGCGCAUCGACAAGCUCGUCGAGUACAUCGCCAAGAACGGGCCGGAGUUCGAGGUCGUGAUCCGCGACAAGCAGCACGACAACCCGGACUACGCCUUCGUCUUCGGCGGGGAAGGGCACGCGUACUACAGGUACAAGCUCUGGGUAGUGCGGCCGCCCCCGGUGGCGCCGUAUCCGCCGGGGUCCAUGCAUAUGAUGCCGCCGAUGGGUCCGAUGAUGCGCGGCCCGCCGAUGCACCAGCCGGCAUACCCGCCCUUCUAUGACCAGCACCAGCAUUUUGGUCCUCAUGGCCAUGGUGAGUAUGAAGCUGCGGCGAACUCAUUCAAGGGCCUCUCUGGGCCGCUCCCAGCUGAUGUUGCUGCUGAGCUGCAUGAGGUGCUUAUCAAUCUUAAUGGCACCAAAGAGUCAAUAAAGGGAGCCAAGACAUGGUUUAUGCAAAGGGCGCCAUUUGCGCCAGCUCUGGCUGAAGUUCUCAGGGAGAGAGUAUGUGCUUUGGAGGAUUCAGAGAGGCAACUGCACAUUAUCUUCCUGGUGAACGAUAUUCUUUUUGAAGGCUUACAAAGACGGGCUAAUAUUCGGGACCUUGACAAUGAGGCUGCUGCUUUUCAAUCUGUGCUGGGCUCUAUGCUUGCAAGGAUUUAUAAUAACCCACAGAGUAGAGAUGACAACCAGACUCGCCUUGAGAAAAUUCUGCAGUUCUGGGGUUCAAAGGAAGUUUAUGACCAGGAAACCAUUGUUAACUUUGAAAGAGAGAUGAAAGGUGGGGUAUCAUAUCCUUUGGCACCGCGACACGUUUCUCCAGAUCCCUCGACCUUUUCAGGAGCAGCGCAGCUGACCUCAAAAUGGUCCUCGGAUCCGCAAGAGAAGGAUAGCACAAUCCAUCCUGUUUCUGCCGCACCAGAACCUGUGCCUUCUGCACAAUUUCCAGCUGGUGUUUACCCUCCUCUAGGCCAAACUAUUUUUCCAGGAUCUCUGCCAGUGCAACCAUCUUUACUCCCCCCUGCGCUUCCUCAAAGCACUGCUCCAGCUACUACAAAUGAUCUAAAUCUACCUCCUUAUCCACUAUUCCCCCCUGGCCUCAUUCCAGGAAUGGUCCGAAAGAUGCAAAUUGGGAGUGGAGUGCCAUACUCUCCCUUGAGCCCACUUGACAUCCCCACGGUCAUCCCACCAUCAACUGUACCUGAAGCUGAGAUCCUUGAUCGUGUCACGAAGUUCUUCAAGGAGAUUGGGGAGGUAAACCCAUCAGAAGGCCCAAUGAAGCAGGGCGAGCCUGAUGAUUAUGAUGAUUAUGAGAGAGAGCUUCCUGCUCGCAAGGGAGGUGCGUGCAUUCCUCCCCCUGCCAACUUGCAUGUAAACCCUGAAACAGGGAUGCGUGCUGAUGGCACUGUUGAUAGCAAACCGGGGUCGAGUGGCCGAUUGGGUCUCGGAGCUUCUGCUGAUCCAGAUGAGGCGAGCCACCAGUAUGGUGAUGUCUAUUCUUCGUAUCGCAAACAGAGGAGCAGCAAUUACCAUUCCUCCAUCAGCUCUCGCUCCUUAGCACCGAGGUGAAAACAGCAGAAAUAUAAUGAGAUGCAUUUCCAUUUCUGUCUGCUUGGGGCCAAAAUGGUUGUCUGCAUAACUCUACCUCAGCAGACAGAAUCCGACUAUCAAAUGAGUGUACAAUGUAACUUUUUACUGUCAUGGGCGACUUGAACCGCAGCUUCUUAAUUGGGAGUAGCUUAUGCCUAUGAGGUUCGUUCCAUAGAUAUGCUGUUUUUUUCUCAUUUGUAGAGUUUAUUGCACUUUGGACAAGGAUUUCAGAUUUGGUAUCAAUUUGGCUUUCUAUGUUCAAUACUUAACAGGACAGGCGACUUAGGCUCUGUUUGGAUGCUAAGUCUUUACUAUUUUUUA